AUGGACAGCUUCUAUGUAAACCAGCUGGUCUGGGCCAAAGUUGAUGGGUUUCCCUGGUGGCCUGGGAUUGUAAUUUCCACUGAGCUUGAUUCAGUAACGGUUUAUUUUAUUGGCGAAAAUUCUCAUGCAACUUUGAAACCCUCCAAGGUAUGCGCGUUUGAAGAAAAAGAGCCUACAGGUGAAGAUCCAUGGCUUCUACGUAGUAUAAGGGCUGCUAAAAAGUUACAAUCUCCAAUUACAAUAGACCAAAUUAAGCAGGCUAACGAAAAACUCGAAAGAAAACAAAAAGUGAUUAUUAUUCAGAUAAAAAAACGACAGCGCAAAGAAGAAAGCAGUGAAGACAACUUAGAGUCAAAAAUCGCUGAACUUCAUAGAAUUCUUGACAACAAAAUCAAAGGACAAGACACAAGUUCAGCGAAAAGAUCCACACAAAAUGUGAAUACUCUUUUGAAAACUCAAAAGCUGCUGACAGCAUUUGCACAUAGAAAUUUGUCAAAAAAUAUAGGCCAGACGAAGCCUACUAUGAAAAAUCUAGUUAAAUGUUUUAAGAAAUUAGUUGAUUUGAAAGUUUCACAAAAAUUGUUUAUGUCUUGCAAGAUAAUUAAACUUGUGAAACUGUUUAAGAAUGAAUUUGAAGACAGCCAAGAAGCAGAAAUGAAGAUUUUAGUAAGAAUUGCUGAUAAACUUAUUAAAAGAUGGGAAAAAAUCGUUUUAUUUUCAGCUGCUGAUAAUUAA